AUGCCCAAGGUAUCCAAACAAAAGCUUAAAACACGUAAAGCUGCUCAAGCAUCAGUGGAUGCACGAAAGGAUGCUCAACGUAAAAAACAAAUUAAUGAUAUCAAUCAAGCAUUACUACAAAUGAAUAAUGAUGAAUUGCAGUUAAUUUAUCAAAAUAUUGCUUUAAAUUUCUUAAAUUCUUCCCUUUAUAAAGCGGGUCAAGAUUCAAGUUCAUUAAUCCAGUAUAAUAAAGAAUUACAAAAAAAUGUAGAUCAGUUAGAGCGUUUGAACGCUAAAAAAGACCAUACAAUCAGUUAUUUGUCGGGAACAUUAUCUCAAUAUAUUUGUAAACAAAAACAGCACAUUUCAAAAGUGCGUGCCGCUGCCCGUAAACCUUUACCUGUAGAUCCACAAAGUUUAAAAGCAAGCAUAUUAGCGUUA